AUGGCCAAGGGCGGGAAAGGCCCCAAGGGCAAGAAGAUCACUCUCAAUGUGGCCAAGAAUUGCAUCAAAAUCACCUUUGAUGGGAAAAAACGCCUUGAUCUGAGCAAGAUGGGAAUCACCACCUUUCCCAAGUGCAUCCUGCGCCUCAAUGAUGUGGACGAGCUCGACCUCAGCCGGAACCUCAUCAGGAAGAUCCCAGACUCCAUCUCCAAGUUCCAGAACCUGCGGUGGCUGGACCUGCACAGCAACUACAUAGACAAGAUCCCUGAGACCAUCGGUCAGAUGACCUCCUUGCUCUUCCUCAACGUGAGUAACAACAGGCUGACCACAAACGGGCUGCCCGUGGAGCUGAACCAGCUCAAGAACAUCCGCACUGUGAAUCUGGGCCUCAACCACCUGGACAGCGUGCCCACCACGCUGGGGGCACUGAAGGAGCUUCAUGAGGUGGGGCUACAUGACAACCUGCUGAAUACCAUCCCUGCCAGCAUCGCCAACCUUCCCAAACUGAAGAAGCUCAACAUAAAAGGGAACCCCUUUCCAAAGGCAGAUGAGACAGACGCAUUUGUGGACACCAUCAAAAGGCUGGAAAACCUCUAUCUGGUGGAAGAGAAGGAUCUGUGUACAGCGUGCCUGCAAAAAUGCCAACAGGCCAGGGAAAAGUUGUACAAAAUCAAGAGCAUGGCCCCCACGACACCAAGAAAGGCCAUCUUUUCCAAUUUGGUUUCACCCAACUCAAUGGCCAAGGAUUCCCAGGAAGACUGGAGGUGACCUGGGACCCUGACCCUGAGGCAGGAAGGG